UUUUCCUUUUUCGCCGAAAACCCUAUUCGCCUCUCCCCGAUCCCGACUGCGUGCGGCGCUCCUGCUCGGCGGAAACGAAGAAGAAGUUAGGUUUUGUGUCUCCGGCGCCGGCGAAGCUUUCUUCCGGCCAGCCCUCACCCGUGGGUAGUCAUCCCGACAGAGAAGAGCUCGCGGGCACAAGAAGAAGCCGGAAAAUCUGCAAACCCGAGCCCUCCGAAAACCCUAAGAGCCUUCUCCUUCCUCCUUCUCGGUUGCUAAGCAGAAGCAUAAUAAUCAUAAAGGUCAAGAGAGAGGAAAAAAACGGAAGGUGUUAUCUAGUUCAUGAAACACUCUUAUCAAACUCUAGAAGAAAGCUCCUCAGAUUCCUUCUCUUUCAUGCCAGUAGGAUUUACUAUCCAAAAGACUGAGAUGCCAGUCCUAUAACUUGGGACAGGUAGAUCAGAGCUUCACUUGGCUCCUAUCCACUUCCAUUCUGCUGAAUCCCCAAAUUUGAAUUUGGAACACCUGUUGCCAGCUUCCCCUCCUCUCUUGCCUGUCGUUUUUAUCCUGCUCCGUCAGUCAAAGUCGAGCUUCUCAAGUUGCUGAAAUCACCAUGAUUCACGGCGAUCAAGUCACUGCACACCCGAAAAUUGAUGACCCUUUUGCUGGCUACUCUCUCAUUUCCCUCCUCCCUCGGACGCUAGGGAUUGGGCUCCAUGCUGAUUCCCCUUCAUUGGAGAAACAUGAGAUGGACACAAUCAAAGCUGUUCUCCAAUCAAUAGUUCACGACGGUUCUGGGGAUGUCACAGAGCAGGCACAAACUAUCACCGAGAACUGCCAAAACAUGGUACACUCUUCUUUAGAUGGGGACAAUACUAUUCCUGCAGGCGGUAUGGGUCAACCAGUUGGAAGGAGGCCAGUGCUGGGCCACAGUAAUUCUGGUAUGGACAUCAAUUUGAAUACAUUACAUGAUCCAGAGGAGUUCUUCAGGACAGCUGAGCUACUUGAGAAAGCAGAUCAAAUGCAUGAAAAACUGAAGGGCGUGGAUCUCACUGAAUUGGAAAAGGACAAACAUAUCACUUGUCGCAAGCGUCGCUCCGGAAUUUUUCCUGAGAGAACAUAUUCGAUGAAAGGGUAUAAUGCAUUUGAAGAUUUUGAUAAAAGAAUAGCUGAAUCAUCAAUGAAAUAUAUCCACAGUGAUUGCGUUAAUGAUGUUGAUUUUUCUGAAUUGGACCAUAUAUGUGAUCCAGUGGAGUUCUUCAGGACUUUUGAGCGGCUAGAGAAUGCUGAUAAAGUGCUUAAAAAACUGAAGGCUGAGGUUCCUGUUGAAUCUGCAAAGGAUCAGCUGACUGGUCACAAACACUGUCCAGAGAGUUCCAUUAAAGGCUGCAGUGCAUCACAACAUCUUGCUGGGAGAAUUGCUUCAUCAUCUAAUGUUUCAAAUAAAAUCACCACCAAUGAAAACCAUAAACCUAAUUCAUUGGAUCAAGAUGCUGCAGAUGAUAAGGAGAUAAAUACCAGUGAUCUUCUUAAUAAGCUGAUGACUGUGUACCAAGAUUUGAAUAUUGCUGAUGGGACACCUCCGGUGAAUGAGAUAUUGCAGAUUGAGACAAUUGAAGUUGGGAAAUUACGGCUACCUGAGUGGCGUAUAAUUGAAAAAAAUGAUUUCGAAACAUCCAAAAAUAGAGCAAUGCAAAAGACAUCUGGAGACCAUCAAAUUUCUCAAUCUUCACCAACCCAAAAAAAAAUUCCACCUCCAGCUAUUUCAGUUUUGCAGUUGCCGGUUUCAGUUAAUAAUUUGUCGGAGAAUGCUCACAUGUCUCCUCAGAAUGAUGAUUCAUCAAAUGGAGAUUCUUGUCUAGUCAGCUGCCAGCAGAAAAUGCAUCUUUCACCUCCUGUUGAUAUCAGUUCUCUUAAUAAAAAUGGUUUCCUUGCUAGAGAUGCUUCCAUUACACCAAUUUCAGAUGGUGAAAGAUUAAGCUUCAGUCAUAAAUUGCAAACUCCAAAUAGCAAUGCAAGUAAAACCACUCGUAAUAUUUCAGCAGAGGCAGAGGGAGCAGAAUCGGCAUGCCGUCCAUCUGAGAGUACCAUAAGAGAUAAUAAUCAUUCGGAAGGGUUUAAUAAACAAAAGGAUGAUAAAGGUGAAGAUAUGCAACUUGAUCCACUGCAUGACCAUCUUGAUUUUGGAGUUAGGGAUCCAACUCCUGGUGGAAUGAUUAAAAGAAGGUUGGCUUGCACAUUUGAAAUUUCUGAUGAGGAACAUGUGGUAUCUGAGAGCGGUGUUGAUGCUAAUAGAUGUGGUCACAAUGAAGAACUCCAAAUUCAGCUUCAUGGACAUUGUGCAACUUCUGGGAUGUCUCAAAAAACAGAAGAGAAAGAAAUAGUUUCAGGAAGAAACAAAAACAAGCUAGAGAAAAAAAUGUCUUCAAGAAGAAAGAGUCUUGCAAAUGAUGGCAUGAAAUGGGAAUCCGGUGUAAGACGAAGCACAAGAAUUAAGCAUAGGCCUUUGGAGUAUUGGCGUGGAGAGAGAUUCUUAUAUGGACGAAUUCAUGAUAGUCUGGCAACGGUUAUUGGAGUGAAAUAUGCAUCACCGGGGAAUGAUGCGCUGAAAGUUAAGUCAUUUGUCUCAGCAGAGUAUGCAGAGCUUGUCACCCAAGUAGCAUUGCAUUGACAUCAAGCCUUUUUUAGGGGGGCAUUUUGGUUUAUUAUCAUGUUAUCCAUCCAAUCUUUUUGGUUGGACAUGUAUGCCUCUCUUUAUUGAAGACGUUUAUUUUGGAAAUGGGCUUGCCUUUUGAAGGUAAAUCUGAUUUAAUCUUGAUAUUCUUGGGUGUAUAAUGAUCAAGUUUCUUCAUACAUUUGUAUAAAUCCUCAAGAAAUGAAUGUCGAGGGUUGAAAAAUUGCAUAGAAUUCUGAAAUUUGUAUUGAUGUUAUUAGAUUAGUGUUCUAUUAAUUCUUCGUUGACAUUGUA